AUGGAUGCGCCUAUUUAUACUUUUGUUACUGGUGUCCCUACUGAUCCUCAGGUUCUGGCAGUCUAUAACGGUUUGAGUAGGCCCCAAAGAGCCAGGUAUGCUACUAUCACUACUGACCAGGGAAGAAGCGAUUUCUUGUAUGCAGUUGCGGAAGAAAAGAAAAAACCGCGACAUUAUCUCAAUCUUCUUUAUGCUAUGAUCAACUUACUUUCCGUCAUCGGUUUUAAUGUCUGGAGCCACUUUCAAAGACAAGACGGUGAUCAAGAUUUUAUUAAAUGCUGGAAUAAUUACAAGCCUGAACAAGAUGUUAUCCUUUACCAAUUAUGUAUUCUCUUUGGAACCCAAAUUGUAAUCAUAUUAAUAACAGCAAUAACAGAAAGAUUGUUUAAUAGGUUUCAAAACGCGUUAUUUAUCAUUGUUCCAAUAAUUACUGGGAUAGGGUUGGCUGUAGCGGGAGGCCUAACUUGGACGUUGCCAAAUACCGCGAUUUCUUUUGUAGGAGUUGGGAUAUUGUUUGCGGAAAGUGCUAUGUAUUAUUUUAGUGUAUACCGUUAA